UCGAAGAAGUUUAGUCUAGUUUUCAUAUAAUGUCGUGUUUAAGCUAUUGCUUCUUCUUAAGUAUUCAAUUGUAUGUUUUUUCUUUUUAUGUAACAAGUGCAGAGAAUGAUCCAAAGUGGGAUUUGCCCACAAAGCGGGAACUGUUUAAGUAUUUGGGUGCUAUUAAAGAUAUAUCCGAUUAUACAGUACAGCAUAAAAACAAAACAGACCUUAAUUUGGCGUUUGGUUUAUUUUUGGCGAAUGUAAAUAUGGAUCACGCUCUAAAAAAUAAAGAGGGAACGAUUCCAAAAAAUGUUAAGAAAAAAAUGCUAAAUAUUAUAGUGGAAAACAAUGGGAUCUUGAAAUUUUUCAAACAAUCUACUAUAGCUGAAUUGAAUCCAACAAUGCUGGACUGUUUUAAACUAUUUAACAAUGCAUCAUACUGGGUAGAGAAAUUGGAGAAAUUUGUGUACACUGAGGAGAAGAAAUACACAACUGAUGAAUACAGAGAAAUGUACUCGCCUUUUGGCUUGCACAGGAAAAAAGUGCAUGAUAUAUUUAAUUGGGUGCCGAAUCCUCAUAUUUCUGAUGCGUGCUUGGCGUCUCUGUCCAAAACCCCUACAAAUAUGGGUCAUUCGCCAUCGAGAUGUUACAUCAACGACGUAUGCUACGAUAUAGUGAAACGAGGAACGAAUUUUGGUUACUCUCUAACGCACAGAAUUUUUCUCUUGCUGGUAGCCCGCUCUGCACGUGGGUGCACAAUUUUCUCCCAGCAGGAAGACAGGGCGCUGCUGAAAAAACUUUGUUCUUUUACCCAUGCUGAAGCGGCUUAUAUUGCGGAGAAUAACUUUGGACUUCCUGAUCUGUUUAUGGAAAUCAUUGGUGUAUGCACAAUUGACGGACACACUCAGUUCCUUCGUCGCCAUUGGCUGGACAAUAUUCUUAAGUUCAAAACUCGAGAUGGCUGUUACUCUCAGAAUAUGCAAGUCAAACGACGAUCCCUCUUCUGGAAAAAGGUGGACAAUUUCAACCGCAUACCACGGGACGAAUGCAACAUACACACGACUGGGGUAGCUGCGGCGGCGUUGUCUGCUGCUGUAAGAUUUAUUAUAGAAGAGUAUUAUUAAAACAA